GGGUGCUGUCGAUGCCGUGGAAGACUGUUGUACGCAGCCAUCCGUCGUUGGAAUCUGAGAUUUGCCUGAGGACCAUCAGGCUGCGCUUGCAGGUGGUGAAGCUUCAGGCUGGGACAUGCCUUGUACUUGACGAUUUGCCGUCGUGCCCUCACACAAGAGACACUGCAGAAGCUAUCGCCUCGUCUUUUAAUGCGUAUCGUGGCUGUAUAGAGCACGUUGUAGGUCCUUCAGCAGCUCGAGUGCCUCCACUGCUGCGGAGAGGGAAAUUCUGCGGCGCACUGCAUCCCUUGCUUGUCGAAGCACACCGAUAUGCAAAUCAGCCCCCUCGCACUGCACCGCAGCGUGUGCCGGCUCAAUAUCGUAUCACUGAAAGCACAGCUGCUGGCUUCGUGGACCCACUGCAGGAAGAGGAUGCAGCCAACCCAGCCGCCACUGGAACCUGAGCCAGUCGCGCCUUGUCAAUCACCAAGAAUGUCCUCUUUCACUUGACGCUCGACCUACACUAUAGCCGCGUAUCCAUACCGCGGCACCCUUGACAACGUGGAGAAGCACAUCCUAACAUUGUUAGCC